CAUGAACGAAAACCCGAAUUCAUCGUUUAUGCUUCUGCAUUGAGUCAUGAGAAGGACAUCAAGACACAGAUCAAAGAGAUGAAUACGAGAAUCCAUCAGGUUGGAAUUGCUGGUCCAAAUAUGGACGUAAUAGGAGCAUUGAGAGUUGCUCGCCUUACUCUAGAGGCUACAGUUGGCACGAUGCAUGUGAACGCGAAGAUUGUCGCUGAUCAUCUGUCAUUGCACGGCCAAAGUAUUGUGAUUGCUACAGAGGCGCUCAUAAGUACGGAUAGGUUUACGGUUAUUGGACGGAAACUGCAACUAGAUGGGCGUUGCUUUCCAAACGAAAAUUCGGAAAAUUGGGAGAUGAAUGUUCGAUUGAAUUGCGGCCUUGUACAUGUCGGUGUCGAUGGCUGCAUUGGUGAAUCGAAUGAAAAAGAAACGAUUGAUUCGAUAUCGAGACAAGUUUACAUUUCAAUUCAGCGUACACAACCCGUUCAAAUCACAUGCAAACAUCUGACCCUAGUCGUAAAUGGAUCUCUGGCAAACUAUGGUAAGAUCACCUCUUCGGACACAAUUGAUCUGGCUGUCGGAGAGAGUCUGAUAUCGCUGUCAGAUGGAACGUUGGACAGUGCAGGACGAGGUUAUGACGCUCUCAAACAAAUUCGUGGAGUCCGAACCCAGGCUGAGUGCUUACCGAGUUCAAACAGUUUCCAGUCGGCUAUUAGCUCGCAAAACGCCGAUGCUGUGGCCGAUCUUAUCGAGAAGGGCGUCGACGUAAAUGACAAGGUUUCAUCAAAUCGUCUGACACUUCGUCAGGCUGCCAUCCGGCAGUGUCGUGAGAAGCGCCAGCAAUCAACACUCAAUCGCGUACGUGAGCGAAUCACGCUGAUCAAUGCCCUGCUGGCAGUUCACGACUGGCGGCGUGGAACCAUCGAGGCACGGGCCAUACGGGCCAUUUUGGAAAAGAAUUGUGACGACUGUGCUCAGUUCCACGCAAAGGAACUACAUGUCAAGGUUGGCGGCUCUGCCACAGUUGAGGCGGAUUCGAUCUGGAGCAGCGCCUAUGUAGAGCUGGACGCCGGUGCAUCAGUGAUGAUUUCCGGACAAGUGAAGUUGACAUCGCUACUGCUAACUUCUGGAAAAUCCGUUACGACGACGGCAGACGCUAUUGUAGCCUUGGAAAUGUUUGGUCGCCUUAACUGCUCGCGGUUCUUGUGCGAAGGAAUCUGGACGGUGGGUGAGAACUUUGUGCUGGAUGCAUGUGGUGAUGUUCAUUUUGGAAAAAACUCAUAUGUCGAAACUGAAAAGAUGGAAAUGGUCUCCGGAUCGACGUGCACAGUUGACGGUUCAUGGCAGAUUGGCACAUGCUGGAUGUUGGUUGAAGCAAAGCUCACUAUCGGUGUUACAGCAAAGCUCUUCGUAGAGGAAUCGGCAACAAUUGGAGCUCAUGGAUUGAUGUGUCACGGAUUCUGCAAUGUGGUCGAAACAUGUGAUCUUCAACUGAAAGACUCGGCUCACUUUUUCCAUUCUUCUAAGCUUGAAUGUCACACGUUAAAAAUGGCUUGUGAACUACAUUGCACUCUGGGUGGUGUAUGGAUCGCAGACAAUAUGAAUAUAUACGUCCGUCAUGACCUUAUAACCACUUCGACUGGCAAAGCAGCUGUCUUCACGCAUACAAACCUUACCGUUGGGUCUUUCCGGAAUGAUUCGCUCUGGCAGGUGGAAAAGGACUGCCACAUUAUCGUUGGUUGUCUCGAGCAAUCCGAGGAUGGUACGCUUUUCGUGAAACAGAACCUCUCUCUUCACAUUCACCGUGAUUCGGUCGGCUGCUUUGCCGGAAGGAUUGUUUGCAGCCGGCUGGAUAUGAGAUGUUUCCGACGGUGUCAAUACGACGGCUAUCUGAAAGCCAACGAUGCAGAAGUCUACUUUCCUUACAUGAAUGAGUCACAAUUAAUCGCUACAGGACAAAUGGAUAUUCUUGUCUCACCACUAACGCUGAAAGGCAACAGUUGUUUCCUGGAAGUCACACCGACGAAUCCGCAUCCAUUCCCAGCGUUCAUACUAGAAGGCCACUUAAAUGUGCAUGCCGUGGUCGCUCCAUUUUUAGCGGUUGAACUUUCACCAGAAUCGUUGGUGAGACUUCGCGGUAUCGAGUCGACGACUCCCGGAGUAGAAUUCAACAUCCUCAUGUCUGUGGGAGCUCUCAGUACGGGCCGAAGUAGUUCAAUGUUGUCAGUGGCUGAAAGUCCACGAGCAGAGGGCAUCAUCUGCGCGUCAACGUUCUAUCAUGAAGGGCAGAUAAGGUUCCAAGCUGAUGACGUCCAUAUUCUAACAGGAUCAUUUGUUCACAAGGGACGUCUGACAAACUGUGAACACAAGCAGAAUCAUGUGAAACGCUGCCAUAUUGUUGUCGAGGAGAUGUUCCUCAAUGAAGGCACGUUGGCAUGCAAUGCCCUAGACAUCAUAGGUGAAGGCGUGCUAGAGAAUAGGAAUAGGAUCUUCGCCGUCGACAGCAUGGAUAUUCGGCUCAAUAACUUCAGCAACGAUGACGGUCUCAUGGAAUCGAAAAACUCGAUCAAGCUUCUCUCAGCCACCAAGGAAUGGACAAAGCUGGGUGGCUCCAUCAAGGCCAAGCGUGGAUUCGAUCUGUGCGCACACAAGCUGGAUAUGGCGCUCAACGACGUACACAGGCUCAUAAACGAGAAGAAACUCUCCUUCUCCGCUAGAAGCGAUCUGAUCAUUUCAACGAACGUAUGCGAUGAAAUGAAGGAGUUCGUUGUUGGUUGCGCUGCUCAGAACUCAGUAGCCAUCAAUGCAGUGAUGGAGCUGGAUAGACUCGAGGUACUUCUCGGAGGAGAGCAUUAUAUUGACGCCCCAGUCACGUUCAAAAUAACCACAGAAGCUGAUCUCAAUGUCAAUACACUUGUCAUUAACGGUUCUGCAAGUCACCUGGUCAUCGUACUUGACGGUGUGCUUCGUUGUAAUCGUGUUAAAGUUGCCGACGCUUUCAAAAAUGUCACAGUCACCGGAAAGGGAUCAUUGGAUAGCCAGCUUGUAGCAGCUGAAGGCUCAAACAUCAACUUCAACGUCUAUCAGAUCUUACGAACGAAUGAGAUGUUUUGCAGGAAUGUCAUUGUGCAACAGAACUCUUUGCUGCGUCUGAAACCUUGCGACGACAACGAUGUCACCACUGUGUCCUGUGACCGAAUGCUAAUCGAAGGAACUGUGUUUGUCGAACGGAAGUUGCUGCUCGUUUCAAAGAAGUCCGAUAUUGGAGAACUGCAGAUU